AUGUCAGCUCUCAAUGAUACCAACUUCCAAUUUUCAGUGCUCCUUCUCACCGGGAUACCUGGGGAAGAAGAUGUCUAUCUCUGGAUCUCUAUCCCUUUCUGCUUAAUGUAUGUUAUUUCGAUAGUAGGCAAUUCAUUCAUUGCGUUCGUUAUAAAAAAAGACCCAAACCUCCAUGAGCCCAUGUACAUUUUCCUUUCCAUGUUGGCCAUCACAGACAUUGGCUUAUCGAUAUCCACCAUACCGACCAUACUGGGCAUUUUCUUAUUUAACUUUAGGGAGAUCAGUCUCCAUGCCUGUUUUGCCCAGCUGUUCUUCCUCCAUGCACUUCAGUGCAUUGAAUCCUCCGUGCUCCUGUUGAUGGCCUUUGAUCGCUUCAUUGCGAUCUGUAUCCCACUGAGAUACGCUUCCAUCUUAACCCUGCCGAGAAUAGCCAAGAUGGGGCUGGUGUGUGUGGUAAGAGGGGUGGUCCUAUUAUUCCCACUUCCCAUUCUCCUGAACCGGUUCCGAUAUUGUCGAGUCAACAUACUCUCCCAUUCCUACUGCCUGCACCAGGAGGUCAUGAAGCUGGCUUGUGCGGACAUCACAGACAACAGCGUCUAUGGAUUGUCCGUUGCUCUCUUCACAACGUGGUUGGAUGCUCUGCUCAUCUUCCUCUCUUACGUGAUGAUCCUCAAAACGGUGCUGAGUAUCGCAUCCCGUGUGGAGAGCCUCCGAGCUCUGAACACCUGCGUCUCCCACCUCUGUGCUGUCCUGCUCUUCUACAUACCAGAGUUCAGCCUAUCUCUGAUACACAGAUUCGGGAAGGACUCUUCUCACUUUCUUCAGAUGCUCAUGGGCUACAUCUACCUGUUUGUCCCACCGCUGAUGAAUCCCAUUGUGUACAGUGUAAAAAGCAAACACCUUCGUGCGAGGAUCACUAGGAUGUGUGCCAAGUGA